UUUGCUGCCAGAACAACUUGGCAUUUAAAAAAAAACAGAAAAUAUCUGGAUGGUGUGUUUUAAGAUUCCAAGCACCCUAAAGUGAAAUCAGCAAUCAGUAUGAAAUCAGUAAACCAGUUUUCAAGUAAAAUAAAAAUUCUCUUCCCUGCAUAACCAGGGCCCUGCUCUGACAUGGUUUCAAAAGCUGAAGGAAAUCAGUGGAUGUGCUACAAAGAAAAGUGGGGACUUGCUUUCUGCUUGCAAGUGAAGAAAUGGGACAUGCAUCACCUGGAGGAAGAGCUGACAUGUUCCAUUUGCUACAGCAUAUUUGAAGAUCCCCGUGUCCUGCCUUGUUCCCACACUUUCUGUAGGAAUUGCCUGGACGGUGUUCUUGGCGUGUCCAUCAACGUCUCCAUCUGGAGAUCCUUGAGGCUUCCUCUCAAGUGCCCAAACUGCAGGACUCUUGUUGAAAUCCCUGCUGCUGGUCCUGAAGCUUUGCCUGUCAACUUUGCCUUGAAAGCCAUCAUUGAAAAAUACCACCAGGAAGAUCACUCAGAUGUUGCAACCUGCAGUGAACACCACAGGCAACCCCUGAACGUUUACUGUCUGCUGGACAGAAAGUUGGUGUGUGGCCACUGCCUUACCAUAGGGAAACACAACGGGCACCCCAUAGAUGACCUCCAAAGUGCCUACAAAAAAGAAAAGGAGACUUCUGGAAAGCUUCUGGAGCAGCUGACAGAUAAACACUGGACGGAUGUGUGUUUGCUGAUUGAAAAGCUGGAAGAGCAGAAGUCCCAGUGUGAAAGCAUUGUGCAGGAUGAUAGAAAAGUACUAGUGCAGUAUUUUUGGAAACUUUUUGAUACAUUGGAGCACAAAAAACAAGCGCUGCUGACUGCUCUGGAUGAAACUAACAGCCACAUUUUAGAAGAAUAUGAGCCUCUCAUUGAGAAGUUGAAAAAAAUCAGGGAAGAGCAGCUGGAAUUAAUGUCACUGAAUACUUCUGUUCAAAAAGAGGAGUCUCCCCUUGUUUUCCUUGAGAAGGUGAAUGAUCUGCAGCAACGGAUAACGGCUCUGAAACAGAAGCAACUGCCAGAGGUCAAGCCCAUGGAGAUUUACCCAAGGAUUGGGAACCUCUUGAAAGAUGUGUGGUCUAAAACUGAAAUUGGGCAGAUCAACAAGAUCCUCACUCCAAAAAUAAAACUGAUUGCAAAAAGGAAGUUACACAACAAAGGCAGUAGAAAGGAAGAAAGAGAAUCUAAAGAACUCCAUCAGGCUGUAAAUCCUUUAGCAGGCCUGCUUCUUUUUAUAAUAAUAAUGGUAACUGUGAUUUCAUUUCACAAACAGGCAGCAUCAGUUGUACUCCAAGCUACUCCUGCUUAUAUCUCAGAAUUCUUGCUCCUUAUUUAUCAAGAUUUUUGCACCCAUUUGCAGAAUGUAGUGGAUGUGGUGUGCCAUACAGUUAAUUCACUGAUGGAGUUUCUAGGGAGAAUUGUUUCUCUCUUCCUCUUACAACAUUUCAAUUAAAAGUUAGUGUAGGAAUCCCCAGGGUAUUUUAGUUUGAGUUCUACUUAAAAGCCUGGUGAAGUUCUUCUACUUUUCCUUUCAAUUUACAUAUCUUUCCAUUUCCUGUAUUGUGUUGGUUUUCUCUUAGCUAACUCUCAGUUAACUGAGAAGAUUUCCAAGAGAAGAAUCUGGUCACAUAAUCUGGCAGGUAGGUAGGUGUUUGUCAGAAAGUGGAAGAUACAAUCAGUUUACAAAUUAUUGCCUGGAGUCCCAUUUAUAAAAACUCCUCCAGCAAUCUAAUACAUUUUUUCUUUUUGGUAACAUAAUUUUUAAAUUCUUUUUUUUUUUUUUUUUUUUUUUUUUAAACAAAAGCACUACAAAAUUAAAGGUUAAAAAACCAAAGUGGCUGCUUCUGGACAGGGCAGUCCCUAGCUCUGGUAUACAAAAAACCUCCAAUUUUGUGUUUUACUGACCUCUAAGUGAAGUUUAACCCAGACACCAGUGGGCUUUAGAGCUUCUAUUCCUGGCCCUGGUUUUCAUUUUGUUACAGUUUGAUGACAUGAUUUCAUAUUUAUUUUUUCAAAGUUUAAUAACUUUGUGUCUUCAAUUCAGAUGGUUCUCUGCACUCCACAGAGCAGUGUCUGUAGGAGGUCAGGUGAAAUCCUGUGCCAGCUCUGCACGAGUUGGGUGUCAGUCCAGUCUGGCAGGGAGCUCUCACUGCUUACUAAAAUAAGCCCUGGACUUUUUGCUAAAUCAUUUUAAUAUGUAGUGAAAAUCCAUACAUGUUGGAGUGAGUGGCAGAGCUCCCUCUGAACUUAGUGGUACAGGGAUUUCAGAUGUUGUCAAGUGUCCUAAAAACAGCUUGACAAUGAAUGUAAAUUUAUAUUGAGUUUUUCUUACAAAAAGAGGAGAUCUUGACCUUGACAUAGAGGAGACAUGAUAGAAUUUUAAUCUGCACUCCAGUGAUCACACAAACACUGUUCAGUUCUUAUCACUGAACAAUUUAGCUACUCCAGGAGUGCUCAGGAGUGGAAUCCCCAGUAAAAGCUGUUGCAGUCCUGUGGUUGUGACCAGGCUGAUUGCAGGGAGUGUUGGGACCCCCUGCAAGUGUUGUAGUUCCACACAGUUGAGUUUACAACCCAAAAAUGAGUAUUCACCAUGUCUGCUUGUGUAUGACUUGAGAAAAAUAACAGCAUAUCCUGGCCCUUGUGCAAACCAAAACAGCUUUGCAGGCAUAAGGGCAAAAUCUUUGCUGCUUCAGGGAGAGCUGAGAGGGAGCCCAGUCCUCAGCUGUGAUGCUGGGAGAUUCCUCAAGCCUGAAUAAACUCCUAAUAACAAUCCUGAUGUCCUGAUGGUGUUGUAAUGUUACACCCCCAAGCUGAGCCAGGCAGCUCCUGUGCACUCCCCCCCUGCAGCAGUGCUCAGGGGGAGUGGGUUUGAAGAAUUUCUCUGUGUGUUUUCUGUAAUCUGUUAGAAUGACAAAGGCAAAUCCCCUGAAUGCCACUGGUCAGGCUCUGAAAUGGUGUUGAGGUGUGUCCUGGGAGUGGAUAAAUGCUGAUGCAGUCAUUCCUUGGUAUAACUGGGGGUUUGGUUUUCUCUUAAGCCCUGCUAAGAAGACUGUCUCUUGGCACACAAGUCUCUCACAACCCGAUGCCAAGUGUUUGUCCACCACCACAAGAGCCUGGGUUUUUUUUGACUUACCUUUUUAUUUUCCUGAUUUCUAAAAACCUUACCAGUUUAUAAUGCAGGUUUAUUUUUCAAGACUACAGUUUAUAAACUGCCUUUAUUUAUCACCGAUUGCAGCCUUUAGUACUUGUACUUGUAAGGCACUGUAUAUUUUAAUACCUUUGAAUACAAAUAAAAUCUAUUCUUACAGUAGGA